GUGUGUGAAAGGGAGAGACGACGCGGGGCGAGAGGAAAAGUCUUCGCUCGCGGCUAAAAGCAAACAAAUCGGAGAUGGAAUAAGACCGGCGAUUGCUGGAGCCCGCCUGGAUCCUCCUGGCAGUCGCGGGAGCGGAGCGCACCGGGCGCAGCGCCGAGGACAGUCAGGGCGACCGCGGGCGCCGCCGGGGGCUGCGGACACUUUGGCUUCCUCCCGCUCAGUCAACAAACCUUUUGGUUACUUUGACACUGUGGGAUAAAGACCAGAGACCAGAGACCGGCCUCGUGCGCUGCACCUCCCACUUGCUUCGGGGAGGGGACCCCCCCCCCAGCUUGUAUGUGAAGACACUGCCGAGCCCCCCUUUAGCCUUCGGAGGAGACAGCACCCACACGCGCACUCGGGGUCACACUCGCUCGAACACACCGGCGGACUUCAGGUCCCUAUGCCCCUGGAUGGUGCCAGCGGACCGGCAUCUCCGAAGCGAUGCGUGAGCGGUAAGGCUGGCGUCGGCCCGCGGAAGCUACAGGACCAUCGCUAGGUGCUGCCGCCACCGGGACGCCCGGCUGCAGGAUGAGUAAGAGAGACUUACAGAAAGCCACAAAAGGAAAGCUGCUGAUGAUCAUUUUUAUCGUGACCUUGUUGGGGAAAGCUGUUUCCAGCGCCAACCAUCACAAAGCUCACCAUGUUAAGACGGGAACUUGCGAGGUGGUGGCCCUGCACAGAUGCUGUAACAAGAACAAGAUAGAAGAACGGUCCCAGACGGUCAAGUGCUCCUGCUUCCCUGGGCAGGUGGCAGGCACCACAAGAGCGGCUCCAUCUUGUGUGGAUGCAUCCAUAGUGGAACAAAAAUGGUGGUGUCAUAUGCAACCAUGUCUGGAGGGAGAGGAGUGUAAAGUCCUCCCAGAUCGGAAAGGGUGGAGCUGUUCCUCUGGAAACAAAGUGAAAACAACCAGGGCAAACGUGUAAAACUCUUCACGUUGGAAUGGAGAAGUAGAAAGAGAAGGUUUCUGCUGUGCCUCAUGACAAUUUUUGAUUUUCCGCAUUCAAAUUUAUUCUGGCUCCACGCUGGAGCGGUAGUUAUGCGAAUCGUAGUGUUGGUCGGAUUCUGAGGAAGGGGCAGAAGUUUCCUUGAGAAGUAAAGAUUCAAAACAACUCCAGAAAUGAGCACCUGUCUCCGUUCAUUUCUCACAGAGCAGCAGGUAACCCAUUAACCACAAAAAAAUCAAGCAAUCCUCAAGACUGAGAUCAUGGAGACACACAUAGAAACUUGACUCCUGCAUUGAAAUCGAAGACUUUUAUACCUCUUAGAAGAGGGCCUUUUAAGCCUAUUUCCAAGGGAUUCCAUGACUUGCUAUCAGCUUCUUAUUGAAACCAAGACUUUAAAAAACUCUGAAGUGAACUUUGUGUCCUGAAGAAGACUGCAUCAGCUGCGAACUGUGCUUAGCUAAUUGCACUUCUGAGGGAAGCAGACACUGCUCUCCACAAAUCUGGUGCAGAGUUGAUGUUCUGGGGGUGACACCAGAGACUGCCACCUGUAGGGUUCCUGGCUUCAGCUGUGACUUCAGUUGUUUCUGAAGCUGUCUCCCAAGUGCACUGUCCUGUCAUAGAUGUGUUCCUGGGUCCUUUGUUCACUGUCUGAUAGGACUGUGCACAGCUUUGGUGAUGUUUCCUUUGCGAACUCCUCUGGCAUGGCGUAGACUGAGAUAAUUUUAUUGGUAUUCUAAUCUUGAAACACUGAGAGCCUACAUGUUUUAACAUCUCACACUUGCCUUUGAGAAAGGGUUGAAAGUGUUUCUCCAUUGAAAACGAUAAUCAUUGGCAAGUCACCAUGAUCUGAAUACAUCAGUCAUAUAAGAAUGUAUAGACGUGCUGACAUGUUUCCCCAAGGCUAACACAUCACUGCUGCUCUCUGUCGGUUAGAGAGAUAGCUGCUAGGAUUGGAUUUCCAUUACCACUGCACAGGACUCUGUGCCUCGCACACACCUUCCUUUCCAGUUUUUUAAAAGUGUAUUUUUUUUUUCUGUUUUCCUUUUCUUUCCUUCACAGAACUCAUCAGUGUGUAGUAAUUUAGUAGGUAACCUUCCAUUUUAAAAACAUGCCAGGGAUGCAUGUGCUUUUCUAAUUUCUCAUCACUUAUUUUUAUUCUAGUGUUUUCUUAAACUAUCUUUGUCUCAUUUUAAGAUCGUCUCUUGCUUGAUUCCAAUGACUGCUUGAAUGCUUAUAUAUUUGUUCAGUCUGUGGAUAGGAAAAAUUGUUCAUUUUCUUUUACUUCAAAGGUCUAAAUACUUGCUUACCCUUGCUCCAAUCAAAUAAUUUCAUGGGCCAGUAUUUUGUCUAUAUUUUCUUAGCCAUCUUAAAACUUGUGAGUUUUAGUUCUUCAGGAAUGUCUUACAAAUAUUUAAAGGCCUUAAACAUCGAUUUACUUUUUUCUAAGUUAUUAUAGAAUGUAUAAUUUUAUACUGCAUUUAUUUUGUUUUACUUGUGAGUGGAGGGAGAGAAUACUGGGUACUGAGUUACAGCUAUGUAAUAAUAUAGUGUAAGCCUGUAGUUUGAAGGGAUGUAAAGGCAAGAAUUUUCCAUGUCUUAAUUAUUUCAUCCUGAUCUAAAGAUACUUCACAGGUCAUUGUAUUAGGUGGUCCAUCAUUUUGGUAGAAGAAUGAAGGUAUUUUGGACUUUCUUGUACUGGUAAAACUCAUGGACAAUGACAGUUAACCUGUUGGUUUCUGUGAUGGAGGGUCACAUGGUCUAGAAAAUUUUUAUGUUAGUCUGUAGUGAUAUUCAAAUAUUUAGACACUAACCAGGCCCUUUACUUGGAAGAACAACGUAAAGUAUUGUUGUUAAAUCUGUUAAAAAUUAAAUUGGAAAACUAUAUUUUUUAAAUACUGUGCUAAAGUCAACUGCCUCAUAAAUAUGUGGGAUGAAGUGAUUCCUGCUUCCCUUUUAAUUGUGCAUAAAACCAAUUAGGUGGUUCCAAAUGGAUUUUGCAAUAGGUCAAGACUACACCAAGUUGAAAUGAAAGGAAUAAUGGUUGUGAUAGACUUCUAUGUCAAACAAAAUAUCAUUAAUUUCUUUGAAACAAAAUGGAAAACUAUAUAAUUUUAGACAUUAUGAAUUUAUCAUAGGUUUGUUUGAAAUUAUAGAUCAUGCUUCUCAUUUUGAAAACUAUGUUAUUUAAAACAGCGCUGGAAAUUCUGUAUUAUAGAAAAGUGUAAUACAUGCGUAUCAAUAGAAAAAAUAAAUGGAAUUUCAAAUAUAUGAACUAGAUUAUUCCCAGUAGAUUAAUGUUGUGACUAUUCAGAAAAUGUGAAUAAAAUUGGAAUAUAAAAUCAACUCCCUUUCACAAGUACAGUUUGGAGAAUCUGAUUUCUUGUGCUCUGUUUUUAAAGCACCUUAAUUAGUAACCAAUACAAGUUCAAAUUUAGAAUGAAACUGACAGAUUAUUCAAUUACCUUUAAUAAAGUUCUGUGCUAAACUUUCAAUUUACAUAAGGUUCUGAUAUUUGACCUACUUCUUAGGAAUUGUGAAAUCAAUUGAUCUACACUUGUGAUGCUCACCUGAAAGUAACUAUAAACACAAACGCAAAAUUCAUCUCACAAUGAUAGCUGUCCGCAUGACUUACUUUAGGAAGCACACUGCAGUAGAACGAUAUAUCAAUACCAUGUCUCAAAUAUCCUUGAAAAUCCCUUUUUAUUCUGACAUCCUUUAAAAUUUACAAAAACUACAGAAGGUCUUUCCCCCAGGGAUAACAUCUUUCAGAAUCAUAAUACAUUGUCAAACAUGGAAGUUCACAUUGGUGUAAUACUAUGAGCUCAAAAGUUUAUUUACAUUUUUGUCAGUUUUCACAAGAAACAUGUAUAUAUACUCUCAUCUUUUUAAAUCACACGGCUGCCAUUUUACUGUAGGAUACUAGAGUAUACAUUAGAUAGGAGGUGACUAUAAUGGUCAAUAAGUGACUGGUUGUGACAAUUCUAAAGUUCCUAGUUUUAGAAUAAUAUAACUUUAUUUUACUUUUUGUAUUUUCUUUUUGCUGCUGUGACAGAAAAUUUACCUUUAACUUCAGACAGAAUUCUUAAUUAUUUUAAACUUGGUAUCAUUUUAAAUUUGCCACAAGAAGUCUGAGAACUAUGGCUGAAAUAAAAAAGCUUUUCUCCUCCCUGGGUUUUACUACCCUUAUUAAGUGUGAUUAUAGCACAACUUAGUCCGGUUAAUUAAUUUAUGUUUAUUUGCAUCUAAGUACUCAUGUACAAGGAAUAUAUAUACACAUGAAAAUUUUAUAUACACAUUUGCAUUUAUAUCUGAAAAAAGAAGUAUGCAAAAUAAAAUCAAGUGAUAAGUUUUUCAUCCUUCAGCCUUUCUUGUAAUUUUCAAGGGGAAUUUAGAUGAUACUGGACACUCUGGAUAAAGCACUGGAAAAGUUAGGCAAGGCAUACUGUAGUAUGGAGGGGAGCGGGCUGCGUCCCACUGCCCGGCUAACUUAACCCCUGAAAUAACCACAAAGAAAUUGUACUAAUUUAAUUACUACAUGGCCCAUUCUAUCUAGCCUUUUCUUGGCCAACUCUUAUAUCCUGAUCUAACCCAUUUCUGUUAAUCUGUGUAUCACCAUGAGGUCAUGUCUUACCGGAAAAGGUUCAGUAUGUCUGACCUGGCAGCUUCAUGGUUGCUCUCUCUGGUUCUCCUUUCUGUCCUUCCCUCCCAUCUCAGCUCUGCCCUAUCAAAAGGCCAAGGCAGUUUCUUUAAUAACAAAUCAAAGCAACAUAAAUACAGAAGGGCCUCCUACACCAUACUACAUUGCAUACUAGGUAUCUUUUUUCCUCACCAUGCCUAGGACAGAACAUUACUAAUUUUGUCAAGGUAAAGAUCUUUAGUUUGUUUGUCUCUCUAUACCC